AUGGGCUCCUAUGGACGGGGAGUCACGCUGGGAUGCUGCCUGCUGCUGGCUGUUGCCUGGGGCCCAGCCCUGAGCCUUGUGCCCCGUGGUCAGCAUGAACAGCUGGAGUGGGAAGAGAAAGAGGAGCUGCACCGUCCUUUGGACCAUGAGAAGAGGGAUGAAGAAACACAUGAGAAGCAUACCCCCAGCCAGGGCAAAGAACUCCCCACGUCCAGGUGCUACCGAUGCUGUGACCCCGGCACGCCUGUCUACCAGACAAUCACCACCCCCCAAAUCAACAUCACCAUCCUGAAAGGUGAGAUGGUGAACCGCGGGGAUCGAGGCCUCCAGGGGAAAUACGGUAAAACAGGUUCUACGGGUGCCAGGGGCCAUAUUGGCCCCAAAGGGCAGAAGGGAUCCAUGGGGGCCCCUGGAGACCGCUGCAAGAGCCAUUACGCAUCCUUCUCUGUGGGCCGGAAGAAGCCCCUGCACAGUAGAUACUUCCAGCCUGUGGUCUUUGACACACAGUUUGUGACUCUACGACACUUCAAUAUGUUCACGGGCAAGUUCUACUGCUACGUGCCAGGCAUCUACUUCUUCACGCUCAACGUGCACACUUGGAACCAGAAGGAGACGAACCUGCACGUCAUGAAGAACGAGGAGGAGGUGGUGAUCCUGUAUGCGCAGUGUGAUGACCGGAGCAUCAUGCAAAGUCAGAGCCUGAUGCUGGAGCUGCGGGAGCAGGAUGAGGUGUGGGUGCGGCUCUUCAAGGGCGAGCGCGAGAACGCCAUCUUCAGCGAUGAGUUUGACACCUACAUCACCUUCAGUGGCUACCUGGUCAAGCCAGCCUUCGAGCCCUAGCCGCCACCCUCCGCAGGACUGUCCCAGACUGAUGACCUCCUUGCCUGUCACCCCUGCCCAUCCCUGCAUUCUGUGGACACUGGAGUCCUGCCCCAGGCUGACCAUCUCGCCUCUCCUCUCAGUCCUGGCCUCUUUGGCCUCGGUUUUCUCAGUUUUGUUUUUUUUGACAAGAUGCCCAUGGCCGCUGGGAAGCCCAAAGGGCCAUGUGCUCCCAGGUCUGGCUGCUGCUCUCCAUAGAUGAAAUCAUUGGGCGGGGUGCCUGUGAGGCUGUUGGGGACCUCCAGCUCCUGUGUACAAAGCCUUAGACAACCCUGUGGUGUGCUGUCUUGCGGCCACAUGGGUGCUCCAAAGCACAGCCCCUGUGUGUUCCCAUUCCCUGGACGUAAUUAAGUAAAUGCCAUGGGUUUAAAGCAACAAAGUAAAACAGAAAAGAGACAGGAAAGCAAUGUUAGUUUUGGCCUUUCAGCCAGCUGGCUCUUAGAGAGAGAAAGAGAGAGAGAGAGAGAGAGAGAGAGAGAGAGAGAGAGAGAGAGAGAGAGACAGAGGAUCUAAAGGAUCCAUUGGAUGGAUCCAUGGGAUGACAAUGGAGGAGCCACCAGUUAGUGGGUUUGGAAACCAUAGCUGACUUCACUCUAUUAGGCCAUGCGUGAGUUUUCUUGGGGACAGUAGGACUGACCUCUAAACUCUGUGGACUUGCCGCAGCCUUGCCCAGGGUCCUGUCAGUCUUUCUGAGCCACAAUAGUGAAAGGGUGAGGGCAGGGCAACAAAUGUCAGCUCUCAAGAGGGGCAGCAGGCCCACUGUGCUUGACUCCGGGCUGGGGACAGUAUCCGGCUCGCUCCAACUCGCAGGCUCCUGGCCAGCGGCUGGGGACCUCAGGGAUUCCUGUACCUGCAGAUUUCUCUAUAAGAAAGAAAGCUCCUAGCGUACCCCAGCACCUCUCUCGCUUUCUCCUCCACUUCCCUGAGCUGCUCUGGAACCCCAGUGGGUUCGCCCCCCUGCCUGUUGUGAGACCAGUUCCCCGUUUCUCCUUCCAGAUGGAUCAGCCAUGGAAGGCAGCAGGCCUUUGAUUUGGGGUCCAUCAAGCUGACCCUCAGCAGCCUGUGUCCCGUCUUCUCGCUGGUCAGGUGUCCUGUCUGGGUGCUUGAUACGUUAGCCUGCAGGAGCUGAUGAGUCUGAUGGUACACCUAGCCUGACGCAGCUCUAGCCAACACCUAUGGCAAACGUGGUCCUGGAGCUGGGGGAGAGCCAAUUAAAGCUAGAGAGUACAUCCUACCUAUGUCUAGGUCACUUCUGAUGUGUUAGAAGAGGAAACAUGAAAUUCAUAUCCUGCCACCAGACUCAGGGACAGCUUCAGGGCUGAUUCUCAGAUCUCAGAGAACCCGUGUCCUUUGCCCAUCUCAGCCCGUGUUGAUGACCAGGGCCUGGGUACUGGCAGUUUUGUGCCAACCAACCCUUGUUUGCUGCUGCCUGCUGGCCCCUGGGCGUCUGACUGUUCGGGCCUCAGUGUUUGCAGAGACCACCUCUGAAGGGGCUUCUGCAAGCCAGUUCCCCUGGGUGUGGCCUGCAGCAGACGCCCACUAGGCCACCUGGGCUUUGCCCUGCUCUGUCCAGAAAAACAUUAAACUUGCCGUGGCAACCUACAGCAAGCUGGCCUCUUUGCUCACUGGAUAGUCUUCCUGCUUCCCUCACCCUAUCUAGUAGCCAUUUUCUGCCUUUUAAAGGGCCAAUUGCGUCCUUGGCUUUGUACUCAGGGCCCAAAUCGCCAGUUCCUACCAGGGAGGCGUGGAUUUCCUGAGUAUGGUUCAGUAGCUGUUUGGUGUGUGGACAGGGUCUGGGGGACUCAAUGGAUAGUGACAAGACAUAGUUUGUUCUUCUGUGCUGGAGUGCGGGGCCCUGGGACUAGCAGAGCGCAUAGCCCCCUGGCGUGCACUGUAGCCCCGGACAUCUGUAUGAGCCGCCCUGGGGCUGUGGCGCGAAAAUCCAGAAACCAACCAGGUGCCUUCAAACAGACAAAUCUCUGGAGGUCAGAAUUCAAAAUCCAGGUGCAAGCCAGCAGCAACGUAGUGCUCCUAGCAAGGGUGGGGGAGGGCACUUCCGGACAACCCGUGACAGCAGGCAUUCCUUGCCUGGAGGGAGGGACCAUAUCAGUCUUCCUGCCCGGACUCCAAGUGACCUGCUUCCCAUAGCUUGUCUGCCUUUCAAGAACACUUAGGGGCUGCAUUUAGGGUCUCCCCUAAAUCCAGGACUCACGCUCCAGAUUUAACUUAAACACACCUGCUAAAGGGAAUUUGUGAACAGACACACUGACAGGCGCCAGAGGUCAGGGUUGUGUGGUGUCUUGGGGAUCACAGUGUGAAGCUUGUGACUGCCCACGGGCUUGGACACUAUAACAGCCCCUCUCUGGCCCCACAGUGGAGGGUAGGCACUUCUUCUCUCUGCUGGCCAAUGAGGUUGGCAGGCAGCCUUUCUUUCUACCUACCGGCAGCUGGCUUGGAAGCUAGAAUCAGCAGCUUGGCAAACAGCUGGUCUUCUGGCUUUGCCUGGUGCUGGGAGCCCAUGUGGCCACGCUGGUGCCGGGAGCCCAUGUGGCCAUGCCCAAUCUUGGGAUGGAGCCAAAAAGGAGCAGGUGGACAAGGGCCCUGAUCAAAAGCGAGGUCCCUUCUCCACAGUGUGGAGGCUGCUGGACAGAGACAGACCCUGCAGGUGUCUGGAAGUGGGGCCCGGUGCUUUUCCCAAAGGGGGGUAGAAGGAAUGUCUUGGCUCCAUUCAAGGGCCACUGGCUGCCUGCUCCCCCGUCCUGUGGCCUGAGUACACAAUCCACAGUUGUCCUGGCUACCGUGGGGAAGAAGGCAGAAUUUGCUCUGGGCCCAUCUGAUGCUCUCCCUAUUCUUCCCCUACCCCCAUUUUCCUUUUCCAAGAAGGGUCUCAUUGGGCCAGGCUGAUCUUGAACUCACUAUGUAUGAAUAAGCCUGACCUUGAAAUCCUGAUCCUCCUGACUCCACUUCCUGGAUGCCAGGAUUACAGGUGUGCCCCAACACUCCUGACCUUUCAAAGUGUUAGCAUAUGUUAAUUAUAUAUAAUAAAGAGUUUCCUUAUGACAACUGCA